AUGCUUGGAGCUGAUAUAGCAGUAGUUAAAGAUGUUAAAGCGGUACCCGACAGGGUCCGCGCCUCUGAAGAGGACCUCAGGGGUGACCUGUGCAAUAUGCAGGACUCCCUCAGAUGUGUUGAAUCCUCUCAACUGGACCUCAUGGCCCAAGUGUCAGCCAUGGAGGACCGCUGCCGCCAGUAUCAUAUCAAAAUCAGGGGAAUCCCUGAUGAUGUCCCACUUGAUGAGUUGCCACACCUCCAGAGUUGCCUUAUGGUCACAUUAUUACCUCUACACUUGGCCAGAAAGCUGGCACUUGAUGGGAUAUACUGCUUACCAAGGUCCCCAACUGCUCCUCCUAACGUGGCAUGGGACACUAUCAUCCGCUGCGCUUCCAUUUAA